GCAGAUAAUGACGUAUGCGCAAGGACCGGUGCAUUGUGGUCUAGGGGCGUACAGUGUGGCGGUGAAUGGUGACUGCAACCCCAGAAAUGGAUGUGUUCUUAAUCAUCCGGCAUCACAAGACCACAAUCUUGACAGAUGCCAAAGAAUCCACAACUGUCUAUGAGCUGAAGCGCAUUGUCGAGGGCAUCCUGAAGAGAUCACCUGAAGAACAAAAACUCUACAAGGAUGAGCAGCCGUUAGAAGACAGUAAGAUGCUAGGAGACUGUGGCUUCACGAAUCAGACAGCUAGACCAGAAGCCCCUGCAACUGUAGGACUGGCCUUUCGUGUCAGCGACGAAUCAUUUGAGCCCCUGCAGGUGGAGCCAUUCUCUUGCCCUCCUGAACUUCCUGAUGUUAUGAAGCCACAGGACUUGAGCACCACCGUGAUGAGUAGAGUUGGGGGGACUGACACCACCACACAUCAUGACUAAGCAAAUACAAAUUUUAGGGAUUUAAGAAAAAAUUAUUCCAGUCCCUGACUGCUGCUUAAAUAAGUCAAUUAAAAAUGGUAACAUUAUUAUUGUUUGUAAAUGCUGUCUUUAUAAUCUUGACAUACAUUUCUGUCUCAAGUGACCUCGUUUUGUAUACCAAACGUUUUUUAUUUGGGCUAAAUAAUAUUUGAGGGACACUUUUUAUUUAGGAGACUGAUUUUAUCAUUUGAACAAAGAAUUGAGAUCUAACCACUCAAUGAAGCAUUUGUAAUGCAUAUGCUAAUGUAUAUAACAAUGCAGAUGUGCAUUUAUCAGUUUCAGGGUGUAAGCUUUUUUAUUCAUUUAACUUCUGAAUCUGAAUACCCUGAUCUUUUGUGCAUCACGUGUUUUACAUUUUUAUGAAGAUUUUGGUAACCCCUUAUUUAAACAGUCCAACAGAUUAUUAAAUUACAGUUUUG